AUGACUGUGAGUGAUGCAGCUCAAAAUGGGGCGUUAGUGUCUAGUCCAAAUGCUAAACUUACUGGAAGAGUUCUCUUCGAAAAAAUUGGAAAGCCCACCAAAAUUGUGGCCCCCAUGGUAGAUCAAUCUGAGCUUGCGUGGAGAAUCCUAUCAAGGAGAUAUGGGGCCACGCUGGCUUAUACGCCAAUGUUUCACGCAAAAAACUUUGCCACUUCUGAGAAGUAUCGCAACGACAUGUGGUGCAAUCAAGAUGGGUGUAAUGAUGUAGAUCGCCCACUGGUGGUGCAAUUCUGCGCUAAUGAUCCCGAGUACCUUUUGGCGGCCGCUAAGCUGGUGGAAGACAAAUGUGACGCGGUGGAUCUCAACUUGGGCUGUCCACAGGGUAUUGCCAAGAAGGGUCGCUACGGAUCUUUCUUGAUGGAAGAGUGGGACCUCAUUCACAAGCUCAUUCGCAAACUCCAUGAUAAUUUGAAUGUACCAGUUACAGCAAAAAUACGAGUGUUCCCUGAGCGUGAGAAAACUUUGGAGUAUGCCAAAAUGGUUUUGGAUGCGGGAGCUCAAUUCCUGACGGUCCAUGGUCGUCUUCGCGAGCAAAAAGGUCAGAAGACAGGCUUAGCUGACUGGGAUAUUAUACGCUACCUGCGGGAUAACCUGCCGAAGGAUACAGUUUUUUUUGCGAACGGGAACAUUCUAUAUCCAGAAGAUAUUUCAAGAUGCAUGAAUGAAAUACAUUGUGAUGCAGUGAUGAGCGCUGAAGGGAAUUUAUACAAUCCUGGGGUUUUCAAUACAGACCAUGCAAAUGAUAAGGACAAAGUUUUUCCUCGUGUAGACAAAUUACUAAGGGAGUAUUUUGAGAUCGUCAAGAGCUGCGAGGGAUCAAAUGCGUCGCGCAUUGCAAUGAAGUCCCAUUUUUUCAAGAUUCUGCGUCCCUUUUUGCCUUUGCACACAGACAUUAGAGCCAAUUUGGCUUCGAUGAAUGCGAAGACGGAGUUCGAAGACUGGGAUAAGAAGGUUGUCUCUAAGGUUGAAGAAGUUGUGCAAGAGAUAUUUCAACAGCCGGAUAUUGAAAUCCAGGAUGCAGUAACCACUGGUAAGCUGGAACUGUGGGGUGGUUCUUACAAAAAGGUGCCUUACUGGAGAUGCCAACCUUAUUUUAGGCCAGUAAACGGUGUUACUAGCGAUAAAAGAGUCGUCGAAGCCUUGAAACGGACCCAUGAAACCAAUGAAACCAAUGAAACCAAUGAAACCAAUGAAACCAAUGUCAUUGAUUCGCAUCAGGAUAAGAAGCGGAAGGAGGAAAUAGCAUCCAGCACUUCGAAUGAACAGACUUUGGUUGCUUAG